AUGAAGAUGAAUGAUUCGGCAGACGGAACAACUCACCAGACUUCGCAGAGGAGAUGGAAACAUGGCAAGCUAGCAGGUUUUCAGAUGUUGCUGGUGCACAGGCGGAUACGAAGCUCCAACCAGUCGGCAUCGGCAAAGCAACAUUGGAGUCAUCCGCCAGACGUCAAAUGUUCAUCAGCCCCUAGAUUCCAGAGGCUUCAAAGUUCAGGCCGAAGCGGCCUGGCCUCUCGUGCGUGCUUCCAUGACGCCCCGCAACGACGGACACGGCGAUUCAAGGUUUCUGGCAACGACUUGAUACUUCACAACGACAUCACAUAG